CGCGUCUGGACGACCCGCGCUCCCACAGAGUUUCGAACUCAGUUGGUCCUCAAGACCGAAAAAAAUAUGAGAGCGAGGACCAAUGGCGUGGCAAUAAGGACCCGCGCGCGGUUCUGGCUCCGCCCCCUUCGGAGCGAAGGCAGUCCGGGCCCAGCUAUUGGCCCGCGCUACCUGUCACUCGCCACCGUGGCCAGCCGCAGGGGCCUGGCGGUGUCUGGUUCCGCCCAGGCGCGAAAUGUAACGCGGGAAAAGCCGGAGCUGGGACCGCCGCUGCAGGUUGUUAUUUUCGGGGGCUCGGCGCCGCGCGUUCCGCUUUCCUGUCACCGCCCGGGCCGCGCAGCCCGCCGCUGCAGCCUGCCUCGCGGAGGAGUAGGAGCGGAGCCUGACCAGCCACCGCUGCCUGCCCGCCCCGAGCCGGCCGCUUCCACUGCGGGGUCGGCCUGCCAUGAGCGGGCGGCUGUGAGGGCCAGUCGGAGCAGCGCAGGCGGACUUGGGGAAGCUGCGGAUCCCGCUGGCAUGAUCCGGGGCGUGGAGGCGCCCAUGGCGGACCGCACGGCGCCGCCGCCGGUCAUCUACUGCCACGACUCCCCGAAGCGGGUGCUGGUGUCGGUCAUCAGGACGACCCCGGCGACGCCUCCGUGCGGCCGAGGGGAGCCCGAGCCGCCGCCGCCGCUCGUCCCUACCAGCCCCGGCUUCAGCGACUUCAUGGUGUACCCGUGGCGCUGGGGCGAGAACGCGCACAACGUGACGCUCAGCCCCGGGGCGGCGGGUGGCGUCGCCUCCGCCGGGCUGCCGGUGGCCGCCGACCACCCGGGACUCCGGGGCCGGGGCGCGCCGCCAUCCGCCGUCCCGGGGACCGCCGCGUCGGGCGGAGAGGACGAGGAGGAGGCGAGCAGUCCCGACAGUGGUCAUUUGUAAAAAUAAUGUUAACAGGAUGGAAUCCGACGUGGCAGACCUAGAGCAGACACUGUCCGGGAUUUAAUAAAUGAAGGAGAGCAUUCCUCCAGCAGGAUCCGCUGCAACAUCUGUAAUAGGGUGUUUCCAAGGGAGAAAUCACUCCAGGCCCACAAAAGGACUCAUACAGGUGAGAGACCUUAUCUGUGCGACUAUCCAGACUGUGGAAAGGCCUUUGUUCAAAGUGGACAGCUCAAAACACAUCAGCGUCUUCAUACAGGAGAGAAGCCUUUUGUUUGUUCAGAAAAUGGCUGCCUGAGCAGAUUCACCCAUGCAAACCGCCACUGUCCAAAGCACCCCUAUGCCAGGCUGAAGAGAGAGGAGCCAACUGACACUCUCAGCAAGUAUCAGGCUGCGGACAACAAGGCUGCGGCCGAGUGGCUGGCAAAGUAUUGGGAGAUGAGAGAGCAGCGCACCCCUACUCUGAAAGGCAAGCUGGUUCAGAAAGCUGAUCAGGAGCAGCAGGACCCUCUGGAGUACCUCCAGUCUGACGAGGAGGACGAUGAGAAGAGCGGCGCCCAGCGCCGACUGCAGGAGCAGCGGGAGAGGCUGCAUGGGGCCCUGGCACUCAUCGAGCUGGCCAACCUGACAGGGGCACCACUCCGCCAGUAGCCCCUACACUGACUCCACUGUACAAAGUACUGCCCAGCAUACUUACAAAGUAGAUCCUUGGGCAUAAGCUAAGCACCUUAUUUGCUUAUCAUAGGCUGCUAUUCUGUAGAAUUUUAUGAAGAAUGUCAUUGCCUCAGACAAAUGGGGUGAGAGAGAAUUGCACUUUUUUUUUAUAUGGAAAUGGAUUUGAUGUAAAGUAUAAAAUAUUUUGUAAAUAUGGACUGCACAGUACAGGGUAGAAAGCUACACAUUGUGGGAAGCUAGAUUUUGCAAGUUUAAUGCAUUCAUUGGAAGCAGUUCUCACAGAAAGCACUUUGUGAAUAAGACAUUUGUGUGAAAAAAACAGAAUGGUACAAAUAGCCAAAGAAGGUUGAAAUAGAUUAUUUAUAAGAUCAUUUUUAACAAUGUAUUUUAGUGUGUGUGACAAUACUGUAAACACUGAAGCAAGAAAGUAUGAGAUAUAUAUAUAAGAUACAUAUUUUUAAAUUGCAAAGUAGCAUGCCCAAUAGGGCUAGAGAAAUGGAGGCCAACUAUUUGGAAAGAUGCUGUAAGUUACAGACCUGGACCUGGAAAAUAGGUAUUUGAGGAUCUUGAUGAGAUAAUAGUUAGGAAUUUUUUAAAAAUUGGAGUAAAAUCAGUCUUAUUCCAUCUUUCUGGGGCUUUUUAACUCACUAUAAUGUUUAAGCUUGGAAAGCACUUGUCACCCCUAGCUUGUUAACUUGGGGACUUUUGCACAUUUUACAAUUCUUGUUUGCUGAAAGUGAGUGAUUAAUCUUGCAAAGUCUAGGUAACAUGGCAAUUGGUGCAUAUGUGCAUAUACACCACUUACGUCUAUUAUGAGCCCUGUUAUGAGAUUUGGGACUUGUUUGUGUUAAUAAAAGGGACAUCUGCAGGGUUGUUUUGUAAUGAAAUGUUUUUGGUCUUUUGUUAGUAAACACUAAAUUGUAAUUGUACUGCUUGUUUAGCGUUCUUAGCAAAUGGAAGCCUCCAUAUUUAUAUUUUGAGUGCAUAUUGUCACCUUUCUGCUUUACCUCAGAAUAACAUGCCAAGCUACUUUGUGUUCACUAAAUUUAGCUACCAGUUAAACACUUCAGAAAUAUUAACUACUCAAAUACGUAGGCUUCUGGAAUAGUUUUUAACUGCAAGUGUGUUAAACGCUGGUUCAAAACCAUUUUUUUCCCAAAUAACCAUCACACUGUGUACUAAG